AUGUCUGUAGACGGUGAAAAAGUAGAAUUGAAUUUGACGAUGUACUGUCUUUGUGUACAUGUGCCAGAUUCAAGAUUUCCAUCAGUUAGAAUGGCUAUAAAAGAUGCAGAGUACAUGCUCAAGUCGAAUGAUUCUACUGUUAUUUUAAUUUGGCAUGAUACAAUUAAAGAUGUAGAUUUCUUUUCUUCACUUUUACCUUGGCAAAUAGUAAAUCGUAUUCCAAACAUGAACUACUUAUGUAGGAAAGCACCAUAUGUGUAUGGUGUCCAAAAAAUUAUGCCCUUUUUCCCAGGAGUUUUUACUUUUCUUCCUCAAAGUUUCGUUCUUCCAAUGCAGGAAGCAGCAUUUGUGGAAGCAUUCGACAGUCAGAAUAAGAAAUUCAUCAUAAAGCCAGAUGGCGGCUCAUUUGGAAGAGGAAUUACAAUUCUCAACCCCGGUCAAACAUAUGUACCGCAAAAAGGUCUCGCAGUUGCCCAAGAAUAUAUCGAAUCUUACUUGUUAGACGAAAAAAAGUUUGAUUUCAGAAUUUAUGUAUUAAUUGCAUCAGUAACUCCGCUUAAAAUCUACAUAUAUCGCGACGGUGUCGCACGUUUUUGCUCAGAAAAGUAUUCCGCAAACUCUGUUUACUCUCAAUUAACAAAUGUUGCCUUAAACAAAGGCCGUCCUGGUGUUGACAUGGCCAAGAUAUCUCAACUCAUCUCAGACGUUCUACCUAUCAUGGCCGCUCGCGGCGUCGAUGUUGACUUACUUUGGAAGAAAAUUGAUCGCGCAAUUACUUUAGCUGUUAUCUCAUCUUACGGCAGUUUAGUACGCGGUGAGCGUCGUAGAUGUCCAGGUAAGGCAUAUCCUCGCUGCUUCCAAAUGCUUGGAUUCGAUGUUCUCUUUGAUAAAAACUUGAAUCCAUGGAUUUUGGAAGUAAACUACAGACCAAGCCUCAAAUUCUACAGAGGACGAGAAAGGAGAAUGAAAGUAGGCAUGAUUAAAGAUGUCCUUCGUAUUGCUUGCCCUCUACAAGCAGCACAAGCAGCUCUUCUCGCGAGAAGAUGGGGAUGGACUGAAGAAACAUGGACAACGUUCGUAGAAGAGAAUCCAGACGUGUUGGCCGCAUGCAAGAUGUCAAGGAAAGAAGCUGUGAAGAACUCUAAGUUUGUUAAAACGUUUCCUCCGAAAGAACAAGAAAAUAUGAUUUACCAUGACAUAUUAAAGAAGGUUUUGGAGUUACCAGAAGACCAAAUUGAAGACCCAGAAUUGGGUAAAGAUGGCUGGAAGAAUAGAUUUGAAGAUGUUGGACCUGAUAAUUAA